GAACCCUGACCGCAAAGAGCAUCACCAGAAAACGCUGUGUGGUCGCACAUCUUGUUUCGGAGAGGUUGUGUCUGCCGUCCCAGCAAGAACACGUUGGCUGCAUUUCCAGGACACCCUCGGUUAGCCAAAGGCGCCAAUUAAACGCAGGGUGUCUCCUCGUUCAAAUUCAAGAUAAUUUGACCUUUCCAGGCGCCACCGUUCCUUUUUAGGAGAAAGGCGACCAGGAGGAAUGUUAAAAAGUUUGCGUCAGUGUUGUUUGGGUACAUGGGAAAUGACGUUUGUGGAUGUUCUGGAAAGAGCCAGGUUUUUUUCCCAAGAGCCGGACGGAAUGAGUUUUAUAUAAAGGCAGUUGCAGGCAGGGCAGGCAGAGUGAGUGAGCUGCAUCGGGGGAAGCUUAUCAGCUCAACGUCGGGUGGCUGUCAGGAGUUAUCAGGUAAUUAACCCACAGGGAGCCUUUGCCUGCCUUGAAGGGAGACCGCAGUCUUUCUGCGUACAAUGGGCAAAGAUUACUACAGUAUUCUGGGGUUGCAGAGAGGAGCUUCCGACGAUGAGAUCAAGAAGGCUUACCGCAAGCAAGCUCUGAAAUGGCACCCGGAUAAGAAUAAGUCGCCCAACGCGGAGGACAGAUUCAAAGAGGUAGCAGAAGCCUACGAGGUGUUGAGCGACCCCAAGAAGAGGGAAAUCUACGAUCAGUUCGGAGAGGAAGGUUUGAAAGGAGGAACUGGUGGGAGUGAUGAGCAGGGAGGAACGUUCCGGUACACUUUCCAUGGAGACCCUCACGCCACCUUUGCUGCAUUCUUCAAUGGUGUCAAUCCCUUCGAGAUGUUCUUUGGAAGGAGGAUGGCAAAUGGCCAACAUGAAGAAGCUAUGGACGUGGACUCUGACCUUUUCAGCCACUUUGGAGGCUUCAGCAUGAAUAACUUCCCCAGGGAACGGCACAGAGGAGGGAUGAUGGGACAGAUGCAUCGCAAACAGGACCCCCCCAUCAUCCACGAGCUCCGAGUGUCCUUGGAGGAGAUCUACAAUGGCUCCACCAAGAGGAUGAAGAUUUCCAGGAAGCGAUUGAACCCUGAUGGCCGGAGCCUCAGGAUGGAGGACAAAAUACUGACUAUUGAAAUCAAAAAGGGCUGGAAGGAGGGAACUAAGAUCACAUUCCCAAAGGAAGGCGAUGAAAUGCCCAACACGAUUCCAGCAGAUGUAGUUUUUGUACUGAAGGAUAAGCCUCAUCCCCACUUCAAGAGGGAUGGAUCAAAUAUUGUCUAUCACACUCGAGUCAACUUGCGGGAGGCUUUAUGUGGUUGUACAAUUCACGUGCCCACCAUGGAAGGCAGAUCUGUCUCAUUAACGACACAGGAGGUGAUUAAGCCAGGCGCAAGGAAGAGGAUAAGUGGCAAAGGAUUGCCGUUCUCAAAAAACCCCAACCAACGAGGUGAUCUCAUCGUGGAGUUUGAGGUCACCUUCCCAGACUUUAUAUCCACAUCAUCCAAAGAGGUGCUGAGGCGACACCUACCCCUGUCAUAGAUGGGAGGACUGAUUCCGUUUCGCAGUAAUACCACACUCUUAUACAUAGUGACGUGACUGCUUUGAAGUAUUGUACUUGCACACCCUAAGAAGAAGCAUCAGUGACUGUUUCAAGAGAUUUUUCAAGCAGCAAUAACUUUUUGUCAUGUUCUUAAAAAGCAAGCUUUUCACUGUGUUCUGUUGGGUGCAUAUGUGGAACUUUUUGUAUGUUUUUUUUUAUUUAGCAAAUUGUGUAUGCAGACAUGAAGGCUGGCUGAUUGAAGCCAGUAUCCAUUAAAGGACCGUAAGAGAAACAAAUUCUAACAUGUCAAUGUGAAUGCUCCAUUCAAGAACUUGUUCGCAAGGAUGAAUUUCCAGGAUUUAGAAUGCACUAUGUGCUAUUAGCAACAUGCUGUCACUUUAUCCACCAUAUAAUGUGUUUUUUCAAAAUCAGUUUGACAUUUUCGUAAAGAAACGUACUAUAAAUCAUUUAAUAUGUCCAUCACAAUACAAAUUGAGCCCUUAUUUAUGUACACCAGCUGUUUGGACAAAUUACAUCAUGAUAUUUAAUAAGAUUAAGGUUCAGAUUUAUUUAAUUGGCUUAUCCACCUACUUCCAGUUAUGCUUAGGGCAGCAAUGAAUAUCCUUCAGCUUCGGCAGUAUUCAAGCCUUCCUUCGUCGUGUCAAUAGCUCAGUUUUCACUACUGUCAAAUCCCGGGUGGAGAGUCAGGAAUACCGUUGCACUCAGAUGCAGAAGGAUUCUUCAUUGCUGUUUCUGUAACAAUUUUACUUUACCAGUCAGAGUUGUUAGCCCUGAGGUGAGCCCCCCCACCGGAGGUCUAGUCGACCACUCUUAGCCUGGCCUCUACCCUUUGACCCUAUCAAGAGCCAAAAAGCAUAAAGCCCUGACUCCAGCCAAUGUAACUCUCCGGGUCAUUGAGCGCACAAACAUUGAAACGCAAUGACAAGGUUGUGGACCUCUUGGAAGAGAUUUAUUUAAGUAUACAGUACAACCAAUUCACCUAAGGAUGCGCUGGGGGCAACACCGAGUAUCGCCACACAUUCUGGCGUCAACGUAGCAUGUCCACAAUACUCAGCAAAACACCACAGAACACAACAAGCAACAAAACAACAACAUUAAAAUAAGCCAUGUUUUUCUUAACCACACCACCCCACCCACACAUGCAUGUGGGCAGUUUCCCCCAACUCCAGUACAGGACUCCUGGCUUCAACUCUGUAUUUCCAAUUGACCUUCAGCCUCUGAUCUCAGGAUCUGGAUUGAUAUUACCGGCAGGGGUAUCAUGAACUUUGUUGUACUCUGGUAUUGACCCCGGACCAGCCGAUGAUGGGAUCUCAAACUCCCAGCUGACUGGACUUUGGGCCCCCGCUCACAAAGGCCUAUCUGAACCUGGGACAGCCCGACACCCACGGAUGUCCUUUGACGUCUGUCCGAGCCACUGGCUUUCAAGCAGAUUGUUAUCACAUUUCUUUCCACCCACCCACAUCCACAUUCAAAUCUGGAGAGCCCUUUUCCCUGUGAUGGACUCUUAACUGGCAGUGUGGUAGUUUAUCCUUGUGUGCAGUUCUACUACUGUACCGGCAUCUGGGAUGUAUCACAAGUUAAGGGCUUUGACAUGAUUUAAUUGUAAGAAGAUACAAGUGGUGAACCGGUGCAACAUCAGGGUUUAGUUAGUUUUAUUUGUAAUUUGUCAGAAAAUGAAAUGGAUCUAUCAAUACUGAUAUAAAUUACUAAGAUCUAAAGAUAAAGCAGAGUUUUUAUUGCAUAUUGUCUGGAGAAAGUAUUACUUUUUAUUAAUAAAUGCUAUACAAAGAUA